AUGGAUGCUACUGACCUUUUCUUUACUCGGCCACCACGACGGACGAGGAGAGAUGCCUGCCCAUUGCUGAUGGUUGUACUCUGUCCCUGCUAUUGGAGAAUCAUUGGGAUACGAGAUUUGCUUUGGACUCUCCAUCUACUGUAAAACUUCCCUUUUUGUCGACAUUUGGAGUUGCAUUUACAUGGACAUGGAGCAUGGAAUAGACUUCCAAAAAGAAAAAGGGAAUAGACGUUGCCCUGGCCUUCUGUCGAGUUUGUGGGCCUCUGAUGUCACUGCAGUACGAAAGUAGUCUCAUUGUGGUCUUUUCUAUCAUCCCUUUUGCCCUGCCAAUCAGAAAAUGCUCGAAACAAAUGCCACCGCCUUUGGCGUCUCCUAGUAUAUCAAAUCAUCCACCUCGGUCUCAGCCAGCGCUUAGGAGGUCCAGCGUAUUGAUGGCUCAACAGGACGACGGGUGGCCUUUGGGAUUAAGACUGCUAAAUGCUAGAGUUGGAUUGCUGGAAAACCGGGACUUUUCCGGAUCAAUCUCCUUCAACACUUUGCCCACUGGAUCUCCGAUCUCCUUCACUGACUCUUCAGAUCUUGAUUCUCAGUCAAGUGGUUCGUUCUUCCAUGCUAAAAGCAUCAGUGGAGCUAGUCUAAUCAGCGGUUCUGGCAUCGUUGAGCUCUCUAGUAGAUCAUCAAGAGUGGGAAGCACAGAAACCAGCCUAGGAGGAUACAGAAAGAACGACUUCAAGUCCAAGCCAUGGUUGUUUUCUCUUUGCUGUAAACUAAGCACCGACGCUGUGAGCGUCACCAGAACUCACUCGCUGGCUCACUUUCUGGAAGCGGAAAGGAGGAGAACCGCCGCUAAUUGCCGGAGGGACCAGCUGAGAGCAAUGAUGCAAGGGCGGCCACGUCCCAAUAAUUUGUUGGCCAGCUGAAACACUGUUUUUCAUUUUGAAAUCUCUCUUUAAGUCAGGUACUUGGGACCCUUCAUUUUCUAGUUUGGUUAUUUUGGUUUCAUCUCUCUUUUUGUGCAUAUUCGAAUGGAGAGUUAAUCUAAAUGUAGGCCAAACGAGGUAAGUGUUUGGUACUAUUUUCUUUAGAAUGGUACAUUCAAAAUUUCUUACA